CCCAGUUCUUAAUCCUUACCACCUACCCAGUCGUAAGCAUCCGCCAACCAUCGCCGCAAAAAAAAAGGAAAGGAAACGAAACAAAAAACAAAAACAAAAACCAAAGAUGUCGGCUCUCCAUCGCAAGAUCGUCAAGUCCAUAGCGGGCCGCACAGGGAGCUCAGACGACGAAGAGGACGAGGUCAUUCGCCAACGAUGGCAGGCAGCUAUGAGGGACAUUGCCGCCGGAACAUUCAAGCAGCCGGUAAUCCGCGUCCCCGUCAUCCUCAACCCCAACGGCCCAGUCUCCUCCGCCGAAGAGUUGCAGCAGCUGGCCGAGCUGGAAUCGGUGCCCGAAACUGUCGAGUCCGUUGUCGUCAGGGAGAACGGGGUCAAAACCGAGCGACCAGUCAAGAUCUCACACGUCGGCCUUGAGGAGCACAGGCGGCUCGAAGAGAGAGCCAAUGUCAUUCGUGACACCGAGUGCUGCAUAAGGGUCAUGUUUGAAGGGAAGGAAAGGUACGCGACGGUGAUUCAGUCUCUAAAAGAGGGUGUUUCGCUCCGGAGAGACGCUUCUAGGGGUCCUGGCAGCCAUGAUCGCGGAGACGGCAAGGUGGGCGAGUCGGAAGACGGGCGGUAAUUAGGUUUAUCAAACUUAUUAGCUGCUCACAGCUCGCUAUCCGAUAAAUGUCUCGUUGUUUCUGUUUUCUUCUGAAUUGCAUCGUUUGGUACCUAUUUAUGCAUGACAGAGCAGCUCUAUCCUAAAGGUCCCAGUGACUCGGUACCUGAUG